AUGGAAGGACUUCCUUUAGCCCUUCUCAAGAAAAUCAGAGAACCAUGGAGGAAAUGUCUGAUUGUGAGAUUGUUGGGGAAAACAAUAGGUUACAAGUUGUUCAUGAUGAAAAUGACGAAACUUUGGGGUUUGCAGGCUGAUUUUGAGGCUCUGGACAUAGGCAAUGGACUUUUCCUAGUUAAGUUCGAUAUGGCAGAUGAUUAUAUGAAAGUCUUCACUGGUGGUCCUUGGAUUGUGAUAGAUCACUACGUAACGAUAAGAAAAUGGCAGCAGGACUUCAAACCUGAUGAAGCCGAAGAGGACACCACAGCUAUCUGGGUGAGAUUCCCUAAUCUACCCAUCGAAUACUACAAUGAGAAAGUUCUAUACCAUAUCGCAAAAGUGUUAGGUGUUUCCCUGAAGAUCGACAUCAAUACGGUAAUGGCGGCAAUGGGAAAUAUGCUCGAGAUUGGGCAUCGACGGGAAUCUUGCAGUGACCAACCUAGAGGCAUACCGACUGAGAUUGGCCAAACUCCAAACGGAGAAGACAGUGAGAAACUGAAUACAAACCCCAGCACUGGGUCAGACCCAACAAACAAGGCACAACCGAAGGAUGCACACAAUGUAAGAUACGGGCCUUGGAUGACUGUGUCCAAUAAACAAAGAAAGCCUAAGAGCCCAAAUAUGAACAAGUGGGCAAGUACCCAAAGCAGUAACAAACUUGAAGUCCUCACAGAUAAUAGAGAGCACGCCAAGAGCAACCAAGCCCAUGAUGGAAAGGAGGAACAUACAAGAGGCAAAGCCCACACAAAAAUAGGCUUUAAGUACAAGACUAGGCCAAUUAUGAAGUCAAGAGAUAAGAGAAAUAGCACUGACAUGGCUACAGAUAAAAAAUGA